AUGAGCACAAACCGCUCGCUAGAUCCAGGAGGACAGUUCCAGUUUCCGGUACCGCAACCCGAUCCUCUACUUUUUGUAACGAUACAACCUCGAUUUUCAAUCUUUCUAGAGAGUGACGGAGAGGGAACUUUUAUUGUCGAUGCCAGCAGAUCGCACGUUUUCGGGGGAUCCUACAAAAAGGCUUCUUACAAUACCGCUGGAAGUAAUAUUAGCUCGCCAUUCACUAUUCUCGAUAUUGAGAUUUACAAUGAAGAGUCCAGUGCUCUCAUUGCUACCAAUAAGGUUCCCGUAAAUUCAACAGGGAACCUGAUUGGAUUCUCCAUCUCGUCAUUUCCAGCUCGACUAGGCCCCUAUGCAGUCUCAAUUUACGCUAUCUCCCAAGACGGUCAACAAUCUUACACGGCAAGCACCAGCAUCUACGUCCUACCGUCCCGGAAUUAUGGUAGUGCUGUGAAAAUCGACAAUCUCUAUGGAGGACUCUAUGUCCAAAAUGCCAAAAAUAAUUGGGAUGGCUUCUAUGCCAUAUUUCCCAAUGGUCAUUAUGCCGAUGGAUCUUACGUAACCCCAGACAACGUCUCUCUGGCCAAUCUCGAAGCGUACGCCGCACUCGGUUUCAACACCAUAAAUAUAGUUCCAGACGCCGGUCUUCCCGAUCAAACCUACCCCACCGAACAACUAACAGAGUAUUGGGACAAAUUAGAUGAACUAAACCUCUUCAACCUCUUCGACAUGCGUUUCGCAUUCCAAAACUCAACACGCAUCGCAGAACAAGUAGCUCUCUGGCAAAACAGAACGACACUUCUCUCCUGGUACACAGCUGAUGAACCGGAUGGCUGGGCAUAUCCGCUUAAUUCCACCCAGCUAGCUUACACGCAACUCAAAUCUCUCGAUCCAUACCAUCCCGUCAGUCUCGUUCUCAACUGUCAAAACUUUUACUAUCCGGAAUAUGCAGCUGGUGCGGAUAUAAUUUUCCAAGACGCUUAUCCAGUGACUAUAAAUGCUACAUGGUCCAUCCCGUGGAACACACCUUGUAAUGAAACAUACGGAGAUUGCGGAUGUGAUAAUUGUAUCGGCGAAUUGAAAGAUGUGGCGAACCGACUCGACGACAUCCAAAACUAUCAAGCAAACAUAGGACCGGGUAAUCAAGGGGGCUUGAAGAAACCUACGUGGUCGGUAGUGCAAGCGUUUGGUGAACAGCAAUAUUGGCAGAGUAAACCGAGUUCACAGGAAGUGGAAGUCAUGAUGAUGUUGAGUGUGAAUCAUGAUGCAAAGGGCAUUACAUAUUGGAUAUACCCCAGCACCGAAUCUAUCAAUAUCGGCAGUGGACAGUUGGGGAAAGUGCUGCAGAGUGAACCUGCAAUUGAUUUCUUAUUCGGCACAAACACAAUCAAGGGAUUAGGAAGCGGGCUCCUAGAUAUAAGUGCGUGGAUCGUGGGACAUCAAAUGAUGGUCGGGAUUGUGAAUAGCGAGUAUAAUGAUUCCGAAGACGAAGUCACGAUAAAAUUACCCGGGAGCGUCGUAUCGGUAGAUCAGACUUUGUAUGGAAACUCGAGUUGGAUUGUCAGGAACGGCAUAUUAUCGAAAUCGGGCUUGGUUGGUCUGGAAGUAGAUAUUUUGAUUGUGAAUCUUAGUUAG